AGUGCGUGGCGCGUCAUUGAACAGAGACCAUGAUGGCGGCGCUCGGUGCACCAGAAGUGAUUUCACAGCUGGAAAGCGCUGCCAAAGUUUUAAUGGCACCGCCGUCCAUGGUCAGCACAGAACAGAGGCAGCACGCAGAGCACAUAUUUCUCUCCUUUCGCAAAUCCAAAUCACCCUUCGCUGUUUGUAAACACAUCCUUGAAACCAGUAAGGUGGACUAUGUGCUGUUCCAGGCUGCGACAGCCAUAAUGGAGGCUGUGGUCAGAGAAUGGAUCUUACUGGAGAAGAACAGUAUUGAGUCUCUUCGAACAUUCCUCCUUACCUACGUUUUACAGAGACCCAAUCUGCAAAAGUAUGUACGAGAACAGAUUUUGCUGGCAGUUGCAGUUAUAGUUAAACGUGGUUCAUUAGACAAAUCAAUCAACUGUAAAAGCAUCUUCCACGAGGUCAGCCAGCUUAUCAGCAGCGGCAAUCCUACAGUGCAAACACUGGCAUGCUCCAUCCUGACAGCCUUAUUAAAUGAGUUCUCCAGCUCGAAUAAAACUAGUAACAUUGGCCUCAGUAUGGAGUUCCAUGGCAGCUGCAAGCGGGUUUUUCAGGAGGACGACCUUAAGCAGAUCUUUGUACUCACCAUGGAGGUUUUGCAGGAGUUUAGUCGUAGGGAGAACCUCAAUGCCCAGAUGUCGUCUGUGUUCCAGCGUUACCUAGCUCUGGCCAAUCAAGUGCUCAGCUGGAACUUUCUGCCACCCAAUCUGGGCAGACACUACAUUGCCAUGUUUGAAGCCACCCAGAAUGUCAUGCUGAAGCCCACUGAGUCAUGGAGGGAAGCCCUGUUGGACCACAGAGUUAUGGACCUCUUCUUUACUGUGCACAGAAAGAUUCGUGAGGACUCCGACAUGGCCCAGGAUUCCCUGCAGUGUCUGGCCCAGCUGGCGUCUAUGCACGGGCCCAUCUUCCCUGAUGAGACUGCUCAGGUCACCUACUUGGCCCAUCUUGUGGAGGGGCUACUUAACAUGAUCAAUGGAAUUGAGAUUGAAGACUCUGAGGCUGUGGGCAUCUCAAACAUUAUCAAUAAUCUGAUUGCCACGUUUCCCCGGAAUGUUCUCACUGCUUUACCGAGUGAGCUCUUCUCCUCCUUCAUCAACUGCCUGACAUUGCUCACCUGUUCCUUUGGACGUAGUGCUGCCCUUGAAGAGGUGCUGGACAAAGACGACAUGGUUUAUAUGGAGGCAUAUGACAAGCUGUUGGAAUCGUGGCUCACCCUGGUACAGGAGGAUGAGCACUUCCCCCGGGGCUGCUUUGUCCAGCCAGCUGUGCAGGUCUUUAACUCCUACAUUCAGUGUCACCUUGCAGCACCUGAUGGAACCAGAAACCUGACUGCAAAUGGCGUUGCCUCUCACGAAGAGGAGGAGAUAAAUGAAUUGCAGGAGGAUGACCGAGAACUGUUUUCAGAUCAGUUAGCAAGUAUCGGCAUGUUGGGCCGCAUUGCAGCAGAGCACUGCAUCCCCCUACUUACAAGUUUAUUGGAGGACAGAGUUACACGCCUUCAUGGACAGCUCCAGAGACACCAACAGCACCUCAUGGCCUCGUCAGAGCCAGACUCGGUGGACCGCAAAGUUUUAGAUGACCUCUACGAAGACAUUCACUGGCUCAUAUUAGUCUCAGGCUACCUCUUGGCUGAUGACCCUCAGGGGGAGACACCAAUGAUCCCCACGGAGGUGAUGGAGUUCUCUAUAAAGCACUCCACCGAAGUGGAUAUCAAUACCACGCUUCAGAUCCUUGGCUCACCUGGGGAGAAAGCCUCGUCCAUCCCUGGAUGCAACCGGACAGACUCUGUAAUCAGAUUGUUAUCAGCAGUGUUGAGGACAUCAGAGGUGGAGUCUCGGGCGACGCGGGCAAGUCUAACAGAACUAUUGAGCCCUCAGAUGGGUAAAGACAUUGUGUGGUUUCUGCGGCGAUGGGCCAAAACAUACCUACUAGUAGAUGAGAAACUGUAUGGUCAGAUUAGUAUGCCCCUAAGCACUGCGUUUGGGGCUGACACCGAGGGGGCUCAGUGGAUUGUGGGGUAUCUUUUGGAGAAGGUGAUAAAUAAUCUCUCUGUAUGGAGCUCUGAGCCCGACCUGGCCAAUGACACAGUGGAACUGUUGGUCACACUUGUGGAAAAAAGAGAGAGAGCAAACAUCGUAGUACAAUGUGAGAACUGGUGGAGUCUGGCCAAGCAGUUUGCCAGCCGCAGUCCUCCACUGCACAUGCUGUCAAGCCCAAUCCAGCGCACGCUGAUGAAGGCGUUGGUCCUCGGAGGCUUUGCACAAAUGGACUCUGAUACUAAGCAGCAGUACUGGGCAGAGGUGCUUCAUCCACUCCAGCAGCGCUUCCUAAACCUUAUUAACCAGGAAAAUUUUGCUCAGAUCUGCCAGGAGGAGGCAGUGAAGCAGGAGAUUGUGGCAACCCUGGAAGCCCUGUGUGGCAUUGCAGAGGCUACGCAAAUAGACAAUGUGGCCUCUCUUUUCAGCUUCCUCAUGGACUUCCUGUCUAGCUGCAUUGGUUUAAUGGAGGUCUACCAGAAUUCGCCAGAAACGGUCAACCUCAUUAUCGAGGUGUUUGUUGAAGUGGCCCAUAAACAAAUCUGCUACCUGGGAGAGACAAAGUCUAUGAAACUCUAUGAGGUGUGUCUGACACUGCUGCAAGUUUACUCAAAGAAUAACCUGGGUCGCAAGAGACUCGAUGUAGCCGCAGAAGAAGACCAAUACCAGGACCUGUUGCUCAUCAUGGAGCUUCUCACCAACCUGCUUUCCAAAGAGUUCAUAGACUUUAGUGACACGGAUGAGGUGUUUCGAGGCCAAGAGCAGAGUUCAGGAGCUGGUCGCACCGUGUCUGCGGCUGAUGUGGUGCUGUUUGGGGUCAACAUCGUGCUGCCCCUUAUGUCUCAGGACCUUCUUAAGUUCCCAUCUUUAUGUAACCAGUACUAUAAGCUCAUCACGUUCAUCUGUGAGAUUUUUCCUGAGAAGAUUCCUCAGCUGCCAGAGGAACUUUUCAAGAGCUUAAUGUUCUCUCUGGAGUUGGGCAUGACUUCAAUGAGCUCAGAGAUUAGUCAGUUGUGUCUGGAAUCUCUGUCCCCGUUGGCGGAGCAGUGCGCCAAAACCCAGGAGAAAGACACCCCUUUAUUUAUUGCUACUCGGCAUUUCCUCAAGUUGGUGUUUGAUAUGCUGGUACUGCAGAAGCACAACACUGAAAUGACUGUGGCAGCUGGAGAAGCUCUCUAUACACUUGUGUGCCUGCAUCAGGCGGAGUACUCAGAGCUGGUGGAAACUCUGCUCUCCAGUCAAAGAGACGCCGUGAUUUACCAGCGCCUCGCCGACGCCUUCACCACGCUCACAGCAAGCAGCACACCUCCAACCAUGGACCGAAAGCAGAAAGUAGCCUUCCUCAAGAGCCUGGAGGAGUUUGUGGCCAACGUUGGAGGGUUGUUAUGCGUCAAAUAACCACUGUCUCCAGCAUCCUCUUCACUGUUCUGGAUGCUCCCUCAUUCCCAUCUGCCUCUCUACCAUUGAAAGAAAAGCUUUUCUUCUGAUGUCCUCUCUACCACGCCAAACUCUGGACAAUCGUAGCAGAACUGUGUUGUUGGAGAGGAGCAUCAACAUGUCUGAGGUCAUUUUAAAUGUUGCUCUUGUCCUCUCUGUUGUAGCCAGAAAGCCUGCAGAGGAAGGAUGGAAGUCAGGAAAAGCAGAGAGAAAGAAAACUCAUCAAACAUUCAUCUCAGUCCAAGUUGAUUAAUGGCAACUUUGCCAGUGAGAGGUUGUCAGAUGGGACAGAUAAAUGGUUGGGGGCAAAUUCUUCUCCCCACUCUAGAAAAAUGCUCAUUUAAUGCCUCUCCUUGAGUGCCUUUUUCGUGUCUCGGAUCCAGCUGUCUGUACAGCAAUGGGUAGAACUGUGUCUUAUUGUGGAGCCUACAUUCUCAUCACUGCGGAUGUAGGCUUCGAUUGAAUUGGUUUCUAGUUAUCAGUCCAUUUUCUGUAAGAACCUAGAUAAAUUUUCUCAUGUAUUUAAAGUACAUCCACACAAACAAGCAACCACCAGCGAGGAAAUAAGACUGCAGAUUUGCUGAGACAUAUGUAAACAUAUGUAAACCAUCUUGGUAAUAAUCAGAGUUUUAAAGACUUUCCAUAUGUUCAAACAAAUAUUGCGUUUUUGAGUCACGGCACUGAUGUGUUAAUAAUAAAAACCAUCAUCUUUCAAUUCCAAAAUGCAUUGAUGUGGCCAGCUGCUUAAUAUUAACAGUGCAGAACCUCCAAAUAAAGCUGCAUGUCCAAGUGUGAGGGACUGUUUAUCCAUAGAGACAUCAGCAGUAGCAGAUGCAGUCCCCGGUGCAAAUAAGUAAAGUUAUUUAAAAUAUACACUGGGCAGUGUAGCUAAUGGAGCAAUAGGAGAGCUAGACUAUUUUUCUCGCUGAAAUGUGGGAAGCAGUUACGGAGAGAAACCAAAUCAGUUUGUGUUCAUCGAAGAUGUACAUAUAUUUUCAAAAAGUAAAAAAAUCUAUGAUUAAAAAAAUUAAAGACUGACAUUUUAUAAGAUUGUAGAUUAUAGCCAUUGAAGCUUUUUAUGACUUCGCCUGGUGAUAAAUAAGUUAAGACUCAUUUGUAGGUUGUUGUUUUUUUUGCCAGGUCUCCCAAAUUAUAGUUGUUUUCAAAGUCAUUAUGAAAAAAUAGAUAAAGGUUUUCAGCAAAUAUGAGGUUAUUAAAUGUUUACUUUUUUAUUCUUGUAACCUCAUGGUGCAACACAAACUAGCACACAAACAUCCAAACCGUUGCUACAGCAAUAAAAUACCAAAAAUAAUUCACUUUUUUUCCUUUUCUUUUUUUUUUAAGAAAGACUCAUUUGUUCCAUUUGUUUAGAGCACUAAUCCUGUUACCUUCUCUUUUGGAAUGCCUAAAAUGUAUUGUAUAAUGUACAUAAAGUUAUUAUAUAAAUUUA